UUUUACUCUUAAUAUAUAAGAAAAGAAAAAGAAAAUCUUACACACUAAUCUGUAUCUGAUUUUAUCAAUCACAGACUCAAAGGCGAAAUUAUUAUCUAUAUAUUUUUGCAAAGCUGCUUCAUUUUUAUACGAAGAUCAGAUUCAGGUCCUUAUCAUCAAGAUCCAACAACUUCUCAACCACAAGGACUUGUUUUUCCCUUGGAUUCACAAACCCAGAAAAAUAAAUAAAAAAAGCCCACUUCCUUUAUGAACUAGGUAUCAAGUAUCAAAAUCUGAUUGGCAUCAGGAAAAAUGUCUCAAUACCAUGGUGAUGAUAUGGACUACGCUGCAGACAACAAUGAAAUGGCAGAUGUAGAAGAUGAUGAUAUCUAUUUCCGUGGCAGAGCAUUUGGUGAAUCAGAUUCGGAUGAUGAGGAAGAUUACGAAUAUGAUCCUUUGGAAAAUCGAAUAACAGAUACCACUGCUGCUGAAGCUAGGAAGGGGAAGGAUAUCCAAGGUAUACCUUGGGAUAGGUUGAGCAUUAGUCGUGAGAAAUAUAGACAAACUAGAUUAGAGCAAUACAAGAAUUAUGAAAAUAUUCCGCAAUCAGGGGAAAUGUCAGAGAAGGAAUGCAAAGCAACAGAUAAAGGGGGAAAGUAUUAUGAUUUCUGGCAAAACACUAGAUCUGUGAAGUCAACAAUACUUCAUUUUCAAUUGAGGAAUUUGGUUUGGUCGACAUCAAAACAUGACGUAUAUCUUGUUUCACAUUACUCAAUUGUUCACUGGUCUUCAUUAAAUUCUAAGAGAUCUGAAGUCUUGAAUGUAUCAGGCCAUGUAGCUCCAUGUGAGAAACAUCCUGGAAGCCUCUUGGAAGGUUUUACUCAUACACAAAUUAGUACACUAGCUGUACGGGAUAACUUGUUGAUUGCUGGAGGGUUUCAAGGAGAACUUAUUUGCAAGUACUUAGACCGGCCUGGGAUUAGUUUUUGUACUCGAACUACAUAUGAGGACAAUGCAAUCACAAAUGCUGUGGAGAUUUAUGAGCACCCAAGUGGAGCUGUUCAUUUCAUGGCUUCAAACAAUGACAGUGGAAUUAGAGACUUUGAUAUGGAGACAUUUCAGCUUUCAAAGCAUUUCUGCUUUCCUUGGCCAGUAAAUCAUACCUCAUUGAGCCCCGAUGGGAAACAACUCGUUAUUGUUGGAGACAACCCAGAAGGGAUACUGGUGGAUUCUCAAACGGGAAAGACCAUCACAACUUUACAUGGACACUUGGAUUACUCGUUUGCAUCUGCAUGGCAUCCUGAUGGCCACAUAUUUGCUACUGGGAACCAAGACAAAACAUGUCGUGUUUGGGACGUGAGGAACUUAUCAAAAUCUGUUGCAGUUCUUAAAGGCAACCUUGGAGCUAUCCGUUCAAUACGUUUCACAUCUGAUGGGCAAUUCAUGGCAAUGGCUGAGCCAGCUGACUUUGUGCAUGUCUAUGAUGCAAAGCAUGGGUUUGAGAAGGAGCAAGAGAUCGAUUUUUUUGGGGAGAUCUCUGGUGUAUCCUUUAGCCCUGACACAGAAUCACUUUUCAUUGGUGUUUGGGAUCGCACCUAUGGAAGCCUCCUGCAGCUCAAUCGACGCAGAAACUACAUGUAUCUUGACUGCUUGUAAAUUUGUAACCUUACACCUUGUAAGUACCUACAGUUUAUGUUGUGUUGUCUAGUGUUUAGGAAUUUGAGUUCGGUGGUACCAUCUUAGCAAAAGAAACUAAACCAGUGGAUUGCCUCAUCAUACAAUGUAGAGCAUGGCUUGAGGAUGUUACAGUUGUUUGGUGUACACCUUCAUGCUAAAUAACAUUGACCGCCAAUGUCUGUUUUUAAUCUCCGGAUGGUAAUAAAGUGAAGGAAGUUUGUACAUAGGAUA